UCAUCAGUUUCUGUGUUUCAGACCCGGUUGCUGUAUGCACAUGACUGGUACAAAAGAAAACCACAACGGAGUUUGUGCUUUUGGACCAAUGGGAUAUGACUCGUAGUACAUCUGCACUUCGUAUUCCGGAAAAUAAUGAUUUUCCGUUGCAUAGAUUGCCCUUUAGCACGUCAUUUCCCCCGUUCUACAGAAGCAACAACCAUCGUUAAAGAAAGUACACACAAACAGUAAAAAAAAAUGUAUCUUUACCAAAAAAAAUAACGAAAGCAACUACCAAGCACACCGGAAACAAACCAAAAACGUUCAGCGUGGUGGAGAUUUUGCUUUCGGACUGCUGCGAGAAGGCUGGCAGGAUUCUAAAUGCCGUAUUCCGGUAACAAUAUCUCGUACGGCCAUUGAGCUGAACAAGACAUCUGCCCGCUGUGCCGUGCGGCUGCAGUGCCGGGAGGAGGCUGCGGGUGCCGCUGUUGACCGAGGAGGAGCCAGAGGAAGCCGGAGCGCUGCAAGCAGCCCCGCCCGCUGCAGCCCGACUCGCUCCUUGACUGUCUCUGCAUCGGGGCGGGCUGCGAGCAUUCCCGCGUUGCGGAGUGGAGCUGCUGAGAGCCAGAAGGGCCAGCGGCAGCGGAGAGACGUAGUCACAGCCAGAGGUCGAUCGGGAUCCGUGGCGGCGUUGCGGCUGCGGCGAUGUGCGCGGCGGGGAUGAGCUGGAACGGGCGGGCGCGGGCCCUGCUGUGCUGCGUUCUGCUGUCGGCAUGGGAAGCGGCGUGGGGGCAGCUGAGCUAUUCAGUGCCGGAGGAGAUGCCCAAGGGCUCUUUCGUGGGCGACAUGGCCAAGGACUUGGGGCUACAGAUGACAACGCUCAGCGACGGUGCCGUUCGCCUUGUAUCAGAAGGUAGGACGCAGUAUUUCUCUCUGCACGGCAAAACGGGACAUUUGGUGACGGCCGAGAGGAUAGACAGAGAGCAGCUGUGCGAGAGUGAGCAGCAGUGCGUGCUGCGGUGUGAGCUGAUAGUGGAGGGGGAAAUGAAAGUGUAUGGAGUCGAAGUAGAAAUCAGGGACAUUAAUGAUAACGCUCCCGGUUUCAAGGAUGUUGAGCUGGAGGAGAGAAUGAGUGAGACAACCCCUCUUGGCUCACGAUUUCCCCUGGUCGAGGCUCAUGACCCAGACUCGGGACCGAAUUCCCUGCUGAGCUACGAGCUGAGCGGUGACGAGCACUUCUCGCUGGCCGUUCAGGCGGGCCCUGGCGGAGAUCGGCGACCCGAGCUGGUGCUGGCCAAGGCGCUGGACCGGGAAGAAGCGGCAUUUCACGAUCUGGUGCUGAGAGCGAGGGACGGUGGAGAGCCGGUACGAACGGGCACGGCCCGGAUCCGCGUGGUGGUGCUGGACGCGAAUGACAACGCGCCCGUGUUCAGCCAGGCUGAGUACACAGUGCGUGUGCCCGAGGACGUGGCUAUCGGCUCCACCCUAGUCACGCUCACGGCGACCGACACCGACGAAGGCCUCUAUGGGGACGUGCAAUACUCGUUUAAGAAAAUUACAGAGAAAGCAUCGAAGAUUUUCCAUCUGGACUCUGUGACGGGAGCGAUCACAUUAAUGCGGAGCCUGGACUUCGAGGAAGGAAAGUCCUACGAACUGGAGGUGCAGGCACGGGACGGCGGCGGCCUUUUUGAUACGGCAAAGAUCGAGGUCACAGUGACUGACAUCAAUGACAACACGCCCGAGAUUUCGGUGCGGUCGGCACUGAACGAGAUCUCUGAGGAUGCACCGCAGGGAACGGUGGUGGCCCUGCUGCACGUGCAGGACCGGGACUCGGGGGCCAACGGCCAGGUGCGGUGCUCCCUGGACGCGGGAGUCCCGUUCCGGCUGGAGAGCUCUCGAGGGAACUACUACAGCUUGGUGACGACGAGGCACCUGGACCGGGAGGAGGUGUCAGAGUACAACGUGACGGUGCGGGCGGCCGACGGCGGAUCACCGCCUCUGUGGAGCAGAGAGGUACUGGCACUGCACGUACUGGACGUUAACGACAACGCACCGGUGUUCAGCGAGGCGAGCUACAGCGCCCGGCUGGCCGAGAACAACGCGGCGGGCGCGCUGGUGCUGACGGUGCGGGCGAGGGACGCGGACGGGGGGCAGAACGCGCGCGUGCGGUACCGGCUGGGCGAGGGGCGGGUGCGGGACGUGCCGCUGUCGUCGUACGUGUCGGUGCAGGCGGAGACGGGCGCGCUGUACGCGCUGCGCUCCUUCGACUACGAGGAGGUGCGCGAGGUGGGGCUGUGGGUGGUGGCGGAGGACGGCGGCUCCCCGGCGCUGAGCAGCAACGUGUCGGUGCGGAUCGUGAUCGUGGACGAGAACGACAACGCGCCGCAGGUGCUGUACCCGCCGCCGGCGCCCGUGUCCGGGGCCGGUGUCCGUGGCUGGUCGGGCGUGGAGCUGGCGGCGCGGUCGGCGGAGCCCGGCUCGCUGGUGGCCAAGGUGGUGGCGGUGGACGCGGACGCGGGUCAGAACGCGUGGCUGUCGUACGAGCUGGCCAAGGCGACGGAGCCGGGGCUGUUCCGCGUCGGGCUGCACAGCGGCGAGGUGCGCACUGCGCGCUUCCCGCUGGCCCGCGACGCGGCCCGGCAGAGCCUGGUGGUGCUGGUGAAGGACCACGGGCGGCCGGCGCUGUCUGCCACGGCCACGCUGACGGUGGUGCUGGCUGAGAACGUGGCCGAGAUGCUGGCCGAGGUGGGCAGUGCGGCGGCAGCAGUGCCGGGCGAGCCAGCGGGCAGCCUGACGCGCUGGCUGGUGCUGGCCGUGGCAGCUGUCUCCUGCCUCUUCCUCGCCUUCCUGCUACUGUUACUGGCAUUGCGCCUGCGGCGCUGGCGCCGCUCGCAGCUGCCUCCGCCGGCGGGCGGGGUCUUGCGCGGCGUCCCGGCCACGCACUUCGUGGGCAUCGACGGCGUCCGCGCCUUCCUGCGCUCCUAUUCACACGAAGUGUCUCUCACCGCCGAUUCACGCAAGAGUCAGCUCCACUUGUCCCCCGCCAGCUGCUGUGACACCCUCCCUGCCCGCCCGCUGCCCGACGAACCCGCGCCGCUGCUCGGGGAGGACCCUGUCAGCGCACAGUCACACGACGCCAUCAGUGCCCCGCAAGCUCAGCCUAACCCAGACUGGCGUUUCUCUCAGACCCAGAGACCUGGAACCAGUGGCUCCCAGAAUGCAGAGGAAGCUGGAGCUUGGCCCAACAACCAGUUUGACACUGAGAUGCUCCAAGCCAUGAUCCUGGCUUCAGCAAACGAAGCCGCUGACGGCAGCUCGACGCUGGGCGGCGGGAGCGGCACCAUGGGGCUGAGCGCCCGCUACGGUCCGCAGUUCACCCUGCAGCACGUCCCGGACUACCGGCAGAACGUGUACAUCCCGGGCAGCACUGCCACCCUCACCACCGCCGCCGGCAAGCGCGACCCCAAGGCUGCCAGCUCCGCCGGGGGCAACAAGAAGAAAUCCGGCAAGAAGGAGAAGAAGUAGAGAGGAGGAGGAGGAGGAGGAGGAGGAGGAGGAAGGAGGAGAAGAAGCAGAACGAAGAAGGAGACCUUAGAGCUUACAGGGCAGUUGGCUCCAGCACUCUCCCCCCUCCACAAAUCACAGCCCGGCUGUGAAUUCCGUGGGGUUUGGGUUUAUUUUGGGGGGGGGGGGGGGGAGGGGAGGUGUUGUUCUUUGUUUUUUUUUUUAUAAUCUCUUUUCUCUCCUUUUCUGUUUUCUUUCUUUUUGUUUCUUUUUGGUGAUGCAACAAAGUAGGGAAAGCUGCGAAUGUAUCUUUGGCAUCAUCAGAGCUGGGAGCAGGGCUCGGCUGCUGCUCCUAGAGCUGGGGGUGGAAACCCCUCCAGGAGCUACAGCGAAGGCAAACAAAGUGCCCUGUGAAUAUUUG